AUCUAUUUGCAAUAUGGCUCCCGUCGCUGCUGCAGUUACGCGCGUGCUGAUUACCGGGUUCGGGCCGUUCCAAAACGUCCCCGUAAACCCGUCCUUCGCAAUCGUAUCCCGACUCCCAACAACCCUCCCCAACAACAUCGAAAUCUACACGCACCCCUCAGCAAUCCCCGUAUCCUACCACCCAACCAUCGAGCUGCUCCCAGAGCUCUACGGCAGCACGCAACCGGACAUCGCGCUGCACAUCGGGGUAGCCGAAGGGCGGAAGUACUUCGCAGUAGAAGCAGGGUCGUCGCGCAACAACUUCGACCUGAUCCGCGACAACGACGGGCGCAACUUCAGCGACGCCGAAGGCGUCGCUGCAUGGGGCGACUCGCCGACGCGGCUGGACACGGAUCUGGAUCUCGACGGCACGAUUGAGUCGUGGCAGGAGCGCACCAAGGAUUUCAAGUGGCCGGCGAUGCUGUCGCGCGAGAUGCAGAGCAUGGGCGAUGUUGCGGAGCAGAAGGUCGAUGUUAAGGUCUCGCGGGGGCUUUCUGUCGCUAUGGGUAAUGUGGAGGAAGAGGAGAUAAGUGUUAUGGCGCCGGAUCCGGAUGAUGAGGUUAGGUGGAGUGAUAAUGUUGGGUUUUAUUUGUGUGGGUUUAUUUAUUAUGCUGGGAUGGUGCAGAAGAGUCGGAUGACGGCCGCCGAGGGGAGUGCUAAUGCGAGGGUUGGGAAGAGGGAUACGGUAUUUAUGCAUGUGCCGUUGUUGAUUAGCGAUGAGGAGAUUGGGGUUGGGGUUGAUGUUACGACGGAGCUUGUGCAGUCUUUGGUUGAGAACUGGAGGGCUUUGAAGGAGUAGGUGAGAAGGUGGCUGAGGAAUGGUUUGUUCGAUUAGUUGCAUACGUUUUGGUCCGAGGGAUUGUUGUUUUUGCGACGACCGCUGAGCUGUUAUGAGACUCUCUUUCCGUUGUUCAUACUGCUAUGUCAAUUGAGCGUAGUCUGAACCUUUAUUUGGCCCGAAGACGAAGUCAUACAGUGCCUUGUUCAUGAAACGACAUAUUUGAUAACAGAUUGCGAACCCUUCAUGUCGUAGAAAACAGACGGGAUGAGUUGACUUUUUCGGUAUCGAGAAUUGGUGGUGCCUUGAAGUACAGCAACAGACGUCAUUUGCACUGAGCUCAUGUCACGUGACGUAAGUUCAUUCUUCAAUCCAUGGGCAAAGUCCAACGGCGUUUUCAUACUUACCUAGGUAGUAUUUGUACCGGAUUAUACAGGUCAAGAUGCCCGUGACCAAUCAAGUCCGACAAUAGAGGUGAGAUUGACAACUGGAUCGCCGGGCCAGUGUGUCACUUUUUCCUCUAGCUCUUCAACAUUCCUACGCAUCAU